UGACAACCUGCUCAACUUCUGGAGUCCGGAGUUCAGCAUCAGGAGACUCGCGUGUCUGUGAGUUCCACAAGCAGCUUAGUUGUUGAUUUUGUAGACGAAAUUCAAAAUUUGCGCGGAUUAUCGUUUGCGAUGGUUGGAUCAAUUCACGAGAUGUCCGCCUCGCUUUUCAGGUGAAUCCACGCUACGUUGCAACAACGAAAUACAUCGAGAAAUUUCAAGGUGCUCUGUAAUCGCUGUGUAGGUGUCCGGCGUUAAGAAUACUGACUCUUGAGUUCACUUAGUCCGCUUAGUCCUCUUCUUAUGCGAUCACUUGUGCGUCAUUGUCCGUGUGAGCAGUCCUUUCCGUCGUUCCAGGAACUGCGUUGCAAGGAAGGUUGAGAAAAUGACAGGGGUACAAACAUUGGGUAUGCUGCGUUGCUAUUGAUUCUCAAGUGAGUUGGCAUAUAAAUAAUCAAGAAUCACGGCAAUCCUGGUUUAGCAGAUCAUAAAUUGGCCUAGAGACGAGAUGAAGUGAUCGACAUCAAAGUUGCAACACAUGUUUUCGGACAAUAUAAGAAUUCUAAUUCUAAUUAACGGGCAAUCCAGCCUUGUUAAACAAAUGACCUGGAUAUAUCAAACAGGAUAAGCGAGAAUGAAUAAUAAGACCAGGCAGCCAUGACAGGUACUGAACAUUUGCUCACAAGGAGAAGUUGCAGUUAUAUCAUUCUGGUGGCAGUAAUUUCUUUACUAACAACAUUACCUGGGGCGGAGGCCAUUGCUACCGACGAAGGUUGGGCUUUAUUGGACUUUAAAAAUGCCAUAUCCGACUCGCGCAGUACUUUGAGAACGUGGAAAUCUGAAGAUUCUUAUCCUUGUGAGUGGUCGGGAAUUAGCUGUGAUAAAAAUUCUCACGUCACCUCCAUUAAUCUCCGCAACGCCGGGUUGUCGGGAACAAUCGCUUUGGAGUUGCACAGAUUACGAAAACUACGGAUUCUUAUCUUGUCCGAGAACAAUUUCUCGGGUCCCAUACCCCCGCAGCUUUCGGAAAUAGGAAGCCUCUGGAAGCUGAAACUCGAUCACAACAAUCUCACGGGGAGUAUACCGGGGGAGCUCAGCCAUCUUUCUAAUUUGCGGAUAUUUGAUUUGUCUUACAACGCCCUUUCAGGUCCAAUCAACGACACCAUUUUCAGAACUUGCCGUCGUCUGCGGUUUGUAUCUUUUGCACAGAACAGGCUUAGUGGAUCCCUCCCUGGCAAUCUCCGCAAAUGCACAAAACUCACUGGAUUCGAUUUUUCAUCGAAUUUAUUAAAUGGCAACAUCACAAUUGACAUUACCAAGUUGAACGAUCUGACGUACAUCAAUCUCCAGAGCAAUAGUCUUUCAGGACCUUUCCCACAGGCCCUUUCUAAACUUACCGCCCUGAACUACAUCAAUAUGGGUAACAAUCAUUUGAGCGGGACUCUGCCAGAGGAACUGGGAAAACUUGAUUACUUAAAACAGCUGUCGGUGAACAACAACCUUUUCUCAGGUGAGGUUCCUGCAGAUAUUGUCUCGCUGCCUAGUCUGCAGCAUCUAGACCUCUCUUGCAACAGCUUCACUGGAAGGUUGCACCUUAAUGGAAGUGGCUGUGCAUCCCUUCGGGGUUUGAACUUAGCCGAGAACAUGUUUGAAGGCGACAUGCCUCUUGGAUUGAGUAACUGCUCCCAGCUUGUGUUUCUGAAUCUUGCAAAGAACGAGUUCAACGGGUCGCUUCUCCCUGAUAUUGGUCGACUUGCUUUACUCAAGUUCUUCGACGCGAACGGAAACCAAUUCGUGGGAGAGAUUCCAGCAAAUAUCACGGGAUUGGUUUCCAUAAGUGCUCUGGUUUUGGGGAACAACAAAAUUCAGGGUAGGAUACCGAGGGAGAUUGGGAACCUCAGGGCGUUGGAGAUACUGGACCUUUCGGGCAUGAAGAUAGAAGGUGCCAUCCCUUCUGAGCUAUGCAACUGCACAGCACUGCAGAAACUGGAUCUGUCUAGUAACAAAAUGAACGGCAGUAUACCAGCCGAACUCAGCAAUCUAUCGGAUCUUAGGGAGAUCGAUUUGGAAAAUAAUUCGUUCACCGGCACCAUUCCAUCAGCUUUGGGGAACUUGACCGGGUUGGCCAUAUUUAAUGUAUCUUACAACCACCUGUCCGGAACCAUACCGAGAGACAGAUCUUUGGCCCAAUUUGGUUCCUCAUCUUUCAUUGGCAACUCCGGCCUGUGCGGAGAACCAUUGAGCAUUACAUGUAGCGAAGCUAGAUCACCACCCACACAACCGACCAGUUCUCCGGCGGCUGGAAAUCCUACCACAAGUCCAUCCCCAAAUACUGUGACAGCUGCGCGUCGAAGGCCUUUCCUCACUGGAACGGCAAUCUCAGCAAUAGCCAUCACGGGUGCACUUGUGGUGGGUGCAUUGAUCAUUGCCUUCCUCAGUGUGCGGGUUUGGAGAAAGCAAAAGAAGAGAGCAGAGCUGGUGAGCGUUAAGGAAAAUAUCGAUGACUUCAGCAGUCAAGCUUCUGCCGGAAAACUGGUGCUGUUCAACGGGGUUUCUUCGUCACUGUAUAACGAGUGCAUCAAGGAGGGGGCUGGUGCUCUUGUUGACAAGAAAAGGAUCGUUGGAGCGGGGUCCAUUGGCACCGUCUAUGAGGCAAAUACGAGUGACGGAACGACCAUCGCCGUGAAGAAGUUGCGCACUUUGGAAAGAAUGAGAGACGCUGAGGAGUUCGAGGUUGACAUGCGCAGCCUAGAAAACGUGCGACACCCGAACCUGGUGAUGGUUCAAGGCUACUACUUGUCGACGACGUUGAAGCUGAUUUUGUCUGAAUUUGUUCCAAAUGGAACUCUUUCAGAUCGUCUCCACGAUCUGAAUCCCGCAGUCAUUAGCCUGACCUGGUUGCAACGGUACACGAUCGGACUUGGAAUAGCCAGGGGCCUUGUCCGCCUCCAUUGCAAUCACAGCGUCCCAAUAAUGCACUUCAAUCUUACAUCCGCUAACGUGCUCCUGGAUGAGAGGCUAGAAGCAAAAAUCAGUGACUACGGACUUCGGAAGUUUUUACCGAUUCAGAAUAAGUACAUUUCUAGCCGGAUAUUUCACGAAACACUCGGUUACGUUGCUCCUGAACUAGCUUGCGGAAGUCUGCGCGUUUCUGAGAAGUGUGAUGUCUACAGCUUUGGAGUAGUGCUUCUGGAGAUAGUCACAGGUCGUAAACCUUGUGAAGAGAUUGACGGAGCUACUGUUCUGGUGGGAGACUACGUGAGAUACAAAUUAGAGCAGGGUAAUGUUUGGGAGUGUGUAGAUCCAAGACUCAAGGAUUAUGAUGGUUUUGAGGUUGUGAAUGUCAUCAAAUUGGCGCUUAUCUGCACUUCCCAGGAGCCUUCCACCCGACCCACCAUGGCCGAGGCUGCGCGAACAUUAGAAGAAUCGCAUGGAUCUCGAAGUGUUCCGCAGGAUCAGCAAGAAUGCCCUGACAGCAACUCUUGGAGCGUCCAGUUUUGACUCUUCGAACUUUGAUGGUCAAAACUUAUGCAAGCAUAUCUAUUUUCACGGUACUGUCAAGCAUGUGCAUUAAAGUUCAGGCAAUUCAGGUUGAAAUGAUCGCAGCCAUGCUGCAAAGAAUGUUUGGAAGGCUGUAUCUGUUUGUGCACUUACUCCUAGUAAAUUAAUUGCAUAAAAUCAAUUAUGCACACUCAGUAGGUGAAAACAAAUGAGUCACAAGCAUCUUCCAGUCAUGGGUCCCUGAAGCACGUAGAAACUUAAAAUGAGCCAAUAUAUUGAGGUUACGACUGGGCGUGGAGAUUCUCAAGAGCACAAUAGCUGGAAGUUUGGGGCUCACUCAUGGCCAAUUAGUAUCGGUGCCGGAGGUUGUAAAGCAUAUUGCUUAUUCCUUAAGUGCAAUUCUGAAAUCAAUUUACCUGUUUACAACUUUGUUA